UCCUCGGCCGGCCGGGCCCGGCUCCCCAAGAUGGCGGCGCUGGCGGGGCCGCGGCCCGGGUUGUCCGUGUGAGGCGGGGACGGAGCCGCCCGGCGCCCCGCGGAGCCGGCGCGAUGCUGCGACCCAGCGGCUACUUCCGCGGCAUCGACUGCCCCUUCCUCGGCGCCGGCGGCCGGGGCCCGCCCUGCAGGAGGCCGCACUGCCACUUCCGCCACCCGCCGGCCGCGCGCGGCGCAGCCCCGGAGCCCGGGGCCAAGCUCGGCGCAGAGCUUGGUUAUGAUCCAUAUAACCCUGAGCUUCCCAAGCCUUCGACCCAAAUAGCGAAUGGUGCUUUGGGUGACAUUACAGUGUCAACCCCUAGCAUUCUGCAGCUGGAGUUGGUCAACAAGGCCAUUGAAGAGGUAAAAUAUGAAGUUGAGAGAGAGCAGAAAAAGUAUGAGGAGCUAUUGGAGACAACAAAGGAAUACAGCACAUCUGAGGCUACUUCGCUUAUUUCCAAAACACCUGUAUCAGCUGCUGUGACAAAAACAGACUCUUUAGAAUAUAACCCAGGUAGCUAUAACUUGAAUAAUAACACAGACUACAACCCUACGCCUUUGGCUGCUGCUAGUUCAAGUAAAUACACCUUGGAUACUUUUGAUAAUGCAAAAUCCAAAGGCAGUUCAUUGGAAUACGUUCCCAAGGUUGUGGCUCAGCCUAAAAAAUACAGUAGCGUUGUCACGAACAAUAAGUAUGUGAUUGAUGACUCCAAGCCUUCUACGGACUUGGAAUAUGACCCUCUUUCAAAUUACUCAGCAAGGCUUUUGAGCAAAGCCUGCACAAAGGAGCAGAAGGGGACCAAAAGGAGAAAGGUCUCUAGUCAUGGAGAAUCUUAUUCUCCUUCACGCAAAAAGCACUGUAAUGUAUCCAAUAACUAUGGAACGUAUGCCAAAUUCUCUGACUCUGAAGAGGAUGUCGACUUGGAAUACCAGCCAACCUCCGUUAGCCGUUUACAAUCUAAAGUCAGUUCUGAAAAUGAAUCAAGUGAUGGGUUGUCCAUCAAAGAAAAGAGCACCAAACUGGAAGACCUAAAUUCCCGGGAGAUGAAAGAAAUGGCAGUGCAGUAUGACAUGGAAGAUAUUGAAAGUCCACAGAAAAAUCUUGUCAAAGACUUGUCGGAGAAGAAUACAAAAUUGGCAAAGGCAUCUUCUGGCAAGAAUGAUCAGGAUGUUGAAGAGAAAGACAGCAAAGAGAUUGCAAAAGACAAAAUGAAAAAGAAAAAAACAGAUGGCAGGAAACCCCCUUGCCACAAAGAGAUGGGCAAGAAGGAGAAAAGUAAAAACACAAAGAAAGAGAGAAUAGUCAAGAAAGAAGAAAAAUUAAAAAUUAAAAAUGGAGAAAAAAACUGUAAAGAGAAAAGUAUCAAAGCAAAACCAGACGGGAAUUCGAAGAAAUCUGAAAAAGAGAAAUUGGAAAAAGUGGCUAAGAAAGAGAAGUCUAAGUCCACCAGUUGUGCAGCCAGCUCAGGGAAAAGCAAGAAUGAGGGGCUCUGUAAGGAAGCUAGCACAGAGAAGCCGGAAGGUAGCAAGAAGGACUCCGUGCUAAAGGCAGCUGAUCUGAAAAAUGGCAAACAAGCCUCUAGUGAUAAACACAAAGACAAAGGGGGCAAGACUUCUGCCUCUGAUCGUCCAAAAAAGAAGGCAAGCCCUGCGAAAGUGGGGAACUCAAAAGGCAAGUGUAAGCCGAAACAGCGGACGUUGAGCCACGUUGACCUAUUUGGAGAUGAGAGUGGGGAGGAGGAGAAGGUGGGCCAAUCUCUGGCUCCAUUUCCAAACAUGAGCUCAGACUCCGAUGGCGAUGAUGGCUCCUAUGGUUUUCAGAGUGAUAAUGAAGGGACAAAGAGCAUUCAGCGCUCCAAGCUGUCCAAGUCAUCUUCAUCCUCCUCAGCCUCUGAUGACAUUGAUUAUUCCGUCCUGGAGAAAGAUUUGGAUUAUGACUCUGACCCCAUGGAAGAGUGCCUCAGAAUUUUUAACGAAUCCACGGAUGUGAAAACAGAAGACAAGGGAAGGCUAGGGAAGCAGCCACUGAAAGAAGAGGCAAGUGAAGAAAAGAUGGAUGACGCUUUAACCACUCUAUUUCCUGGCCAAAAAAGGAGGAUCUCUCACCUUGCCAAGCAAGGAAACGCAGAUGUCCCGAGCAAACCAGUCAUCCGGCCGUACCGCCCACCAACUGCCCAGGAGGUCUGUUACCGGAGGAUUCAGCUGGCACAGCAGCAGGCGGCACAGCUGGCUGUGGCAGUCCAAAAGGCCUCUCUUGCCUUGCCAGGAGAAAAGAAAAGGAUUGCUCAUGUGCCAAAUGUAGCACUUUCCACAGCCGCAAAGCAGAUCACUGUGGGCAUUAAGAAAACCAUUCCAGUCAGCAGCGUUACAGCCCCCAAUGGCUCUGAGGCACCUGCUCUUACCCUGAAGGCCCGGACGCUAACUGGCAUGACGUCUAAGACCACUACUACUGCUUUCCAGAAAAGAAUAGCACACGCUCCCAGUCUACAGAGCGCUAGUUUAAAGAGGCCCGUUAUUCCCACUGAGUUUGGUGCCAAAGUCCCAACCAACAUUCGCCAAAGGUACCUCAAUCUCUUCAUUGAUGAGUGCCUGAAGUUCUGCUCUUCCUCACAGGAAGCGUUUGACAAGGCUCUAUCGGAGGAGAAGGUGGCUUAUGAACGCAGUACCAGCCGGAACAUCUACCUGAAUGUGGCAGUGAAUACGUUAAAGAAGCUAAGAAGUCUAGUGCCCAAUUCCCCGCCUUGUGUAAACAAGACCAGUAACAGGAAGGUGGUGUCCCACGAAGCUGUGCUAGGAGGGAAACUCGCUGCUAAGACGAGCUUUACGCUAAACCAGUCAGGGAACUUGCGGGCGGAGGACUUGACAGGAGCUGCUUUGUACAGAAGACUGAAGGAAUAUCUCCUGACGGAAGAGCAGUUGAAGGAAAAUGGCUACCCAAUGCCACAUCCAGAGAAAGCCGGCCGUGCUGUCGUUUUCACUGUGGAAGAGAAGAAAACGACGGACUCUUCAUGCAGGGUUUGCUGCCGCUGUGGUACUGAAUACAUGGUCUCAGCAUCUGGAAACUGCAUUCGCAAAGAGGAGUGUCUCCAUCACUGGGGAAGGCUACGCAAGCAGCGAGUGCCGGGGGGCUGGGAAACACACUACAGCUGCUGUUCAGGAGCUGUGGGUUCACCAGGAUGCCAGGUGGCCAAACAACAUGUCCAAGAUGGACGGAAGGAGAACCUGGAGGGUUUUGUGAAAACUUUUGAGAAGCUGCCUACUACCAAUGGCUAUCCAGGGAUCUACGCUUUAGACUGUGAAAUGUGUUACACCAAGCAAGGACUGGAGCUGACGAGAGUAACCGUGAUCAACUCGGACCUGAAAGUGGUCUAUGACACCUUUGUUAAACCGGACAACAAAGUGGUGGACUACAACACCAGGUUUUCAGGUGUGACGGAGGAGGACCUGGAGAACGCAAGCAUCACCCUGCGAGACGUGCAAGCUGUUCUAUUAAACAUGUUCAGCGCAGACACAAUUUUGAUAGGACACAGCUUGGAAAGUGAUUUAUUUGCACUAAAGCUUAUCCAUAACACAGUGGUAGAUACUGCAGUUGUCUUUCCCCACCGGCUGGGUUUGCCUUACAAACGAGCACUUCGGAUGCUGAUGGCCGACUACCUCAAGCGCAUCAUCCAGGACAACGUGGAAGGUCAUGACUCCAGCGAGGACGCCAGCGCUUGCAUGGAGCUGAUGAUCUGGAAAAUCAAAGAAGAUGCUAAAGUGAAACGAUGACUUGUGCUCGUUCUCUCUCCUGUUCCUCCUCUGCCUCUUUGAAGCAGUGCAAUAAAUACUCAGCGUAACACUGCUCACCUGUACCCAGCAGCAUGCCAUCUUCCAGAUCCCCUAUGCACUUGCUGGUAUCUAUGGAACGUAGAGACUGCUGCUGGCACAGCUACAGGGUACAGGCUCUCAGCUGGCCAUGAUCACGUGGCCGGGUAGUAGCUCUGAGAUCCUCUUGAUUCCACCAGAGAGAUGCUCUGUGAUGCGGUAGUUGCCUUGUAGGCAUGGCAAGGCUGCUUUGAGUAGUACAGCCAGAAAGAGACUCUUUAUUCUCUAGGAGAAGCGUUCAGAGGCACGGUGGAUACAUCUGAAAUGAUCUUUUCUAUGAAGCUAAAGGUAGACAACUCUUUUAUUUCUGAUUUAGAUUUGAAGGGUGGCACAGCAUCUGCCUCUGUCUUCUGAAGCAAACAGCUGCCCCCAGUGGCUGGACAGUAGGAAACAGAAAAGUUGGGUAAGAAGGGUGUGAAACAGGAAACGUUUGGUAGCUGGCAUGUGAGUUGCAGACAGGCUGGUGGGGAGAGAAUUGGGUCUCCCAGAAGGGAUCGUAGCAAGAACCCACUGCAAGGGAGUAUGGCAUGCCCCUGAAACGCAGUGAAUAGAAACAGCCACACUGGGCAGAAGAGGAGGAGGAGGGAUGGUGAUGACUUUCACCAGACUCUCUGUUGCUGUGCCCAGAUCCUUCUGAACAAGUGCAGGGCUCUGUAGAUCCUGGGUGGCAACAGGUGAAGAAGCCAGAAGUGUCUUAUGCUCCAUGCACAGCUAGGCUGCCAUCACCACCUGCUGCUGGAGUCAGUUUCAGUGAUACAGCAGGAAGGUGGACAGGACUGUGAGGAAGGCUGUGAAGCCAUAGAGCAACUUACAGCUGUCAAGGACAGGAGGAACUUAGACUUAUUAACUUGUUGGGGGGGGACAGGUGAUGUUAUAGGGGCUGAUCUACACUCUGGCUGGCUAGGUCGUGGCAUCCAGCAAGUGCUCCUCAUUGCAUCCUCUGGGUGACUGCAGGCUGGCAGGAGUUGGCUCCCUCCAGGGUCACCCCUUCAGCUGCCAGAGCACCUCCAUUGUGUUGAUCCGAAGCAAGGCUCAAGGGUUGCCAACGGGAGCUGGGUGGUGGUAGCACUGGCUGUUACUGGAUAGGAAAAUGUUCAGGGGUCCCUGCCGACUGAUCCCUAUAGCUGGGGACUGACUUAGCGAGAUCAAAGCAAUAGGUGAAAAUAGGGCUUUUAAAAACUGGUUUUCACGGAAAUUGGGGUGUUUUUUUUAAAAAAUAAUCCCCCAGUUCACUUUCUCUUCCUCUCUCUCCUCUUUUACAGACCCCUCCCCAUCUGUUUCUAUACUCGCUCAAUAUACUAUCAAUAUUUAUUUAUGAAUCGUAACUCUAAACCAGUAGUGCACAGGAAUAGCAAGGGCUUUGAUGGCUUGACUUUAAAUGUACCAUAUUCGUGGCGCCCCUUUUCUAGUCCCUUUGCAUUCAGGGCUCAGAGAGAGAGAAUCUCGUCUGAGCGGAGAUCAGCGCAGCAGCUGAGCCCAGCCCUGGCUGGCUUUCCGAAGGGCAGAACACUGCUUUGCCUACGCCGCCUCCGUCAGCUAACAUACAGUGACCAGAAUGGAAAAUCGCUUCCGCUAGCUACCGUCCGUUUGUUCCAGGCCUCUGCAGCCCCAGGGGGUACGUUCUAGAGUGAAUAACUCACACCCUCUCUUCCCCUAGUGCUGCCCGCACUGGGCCUUACCCUACAGACCGUCUGCUCCCUGGGGGCCAUAGCACCGUGGGCGUGGGGCGGGAGGGUGAUCAGACUGAUGUGUGGGAUUGGCAUUACUACAGUACGUCCUGCUGCAUUGUUCCCUUUAUAAAGUGGCUGGCUGUAAAUACGACAGAUGAACUCUGUCCCGAGGAGUAACUUGCCCCUGAUACCUUGUGUUCCAUUGUGAGAUGUAUUUUUUCCCCCACCUAAAGUCUCUCUAUUUUAGUUUCAGUUACCGUUCAUAGAUUAUAACCUCACUACAGACUGUCUAACCCUGCUGCUUCCCUGGAACCACAGCAGCCUCUGCCGAAUUUCCCAUCUCUUCCCCAUGUGCCUGCUUGCACUGGGAGUUGGGUGGGGUGACGAUGGUUCUUCGUUUGCAGUGUUGCCCUUAGAAACCUGCAAUCAUGAGCAAAGCCAUUAGCCAGAGGCUCCAUCACUUCCCUGCCCUUCCCGGCUGCUUGUGGUUGGAAGCAGAGUUAACGGGGCUUGAGCCACUUUCUCUGACGAUCCAUCCCCAAGUGGCUCAGUCAGUGCACUUGGCCCAUCUCCCCUGUUGGUAACAGGCCGUGUCCCAGCCCCUCGCUCAGCGCAGACCCUCUGCUAAGCACGGAGUUGCUGAAUUGGGUUCUUGCUGUAUUGUGGGAGGCAUACACGUAAAGGGGUGUCCUCAGUCCCCCACCACUCUUCACAGCAGGCUGCCCUCCGGCUCUGCCACCUGCUGUUCCAGACUCUGAGGCACUGAGCAGUAAACGCUGCUGUUCACAAGGCCUGUCUUUUGCUAGUGGGUGGGGCCGUGUAGGAAGUUUACUGGGGAGGAAUGGAUUUCUCUGCUCCUGCCCUCUCCCCACCAGAGGUACUUCCAGGGAACUACAGCUUAGAGGUUACACCAUCUUUACUGCUAAUGAGCUUCUCCUCCGGAUUGCCAGUGCGGACUGUUCCCGGUCUGGUUCUGUUCUGCUGGCUAUAGAAAGGGGCGAGCAUUGUUUAGCAAUAAAGCUUGGAGCAGUGCAGGAUUCGAGGCAGGUUCUUGCCUUCGGGACGUCUUUCCAGUCAGCUUUUCCUUUAGGCCGGAACGCCUCCGCUUUUUGUUCACGCCCCAGCUGGGAACUGGCCCCGGCUGCUUUCCCCCAGGAAGGCCCAAGUGUCUUUGUUCCAGAGCGGAAGUGGCCCGAGCAAUGGACAUCCCCACCCCUCAGUGGACGCCAUCCUGUGAGGGUGAAUGGCAUAACGGGUGAUUCUCCAGCUGCUAUUCUCCAGUUGGGCCUGCUGCCCAAUGUUCGUGUGGGCCCAUGUAGCAGUGGGGGGCGGGGUGGGUGGGUGAGAGGAGGGGUAGAAGGCACAUCUACUGGGAUGAGCUGCCCUCAUUAAUGGCUAGAGGAUGGAGUCCUCUUGCCUGUUGUGAGAGGCAUUUGAUGCCAGGUUUCCAGCAGCAGAAAUGAUGGAUCGCCUUCCGUUCCCCCUUCAAUUUUCAAUCCACCAUGAUGGGCUUCAGUUGUAGCCUGUAUUGGACGACGGUCUAAAAUGAGAUUUCUGGCCGUGUUCGUUAUAGGGGCUUGGAAUAUUCCACGUUGCUUUAUAUCUUUUGCAGUCCCUCUUUCCUUCCUCCCGCUCUGUCCAUUUCAGGAAGCAGCUCUGGGGUGCUAGUCAUCACUGUGCUGAUUAAAAUCAGGCCUCUUGGUCACUGUAUUGUUACUAACUCUAUCUCCUCCCCCCUGCCUGCGUUCUCUACCCCCCCCCCCACCUCCCACCCGGAAAUGUGGCGUACUGUAGAUGCUGCUGCAGGUAACCAGCUGGCAUGGGGGUCUGCCCCCUUGCAGUAAUUCUUUCUUUGAAGCGCCUGGGACACUGUAACAGCAAAGGGGAUAGAUUUUUGGACUGUAUCUAAACAUUGUAACCUGUUCCUUUUUGUAAUUCUUUUUAAUAAAAAGGUGUUGAAUAGA